AUGAGCAAGCCAUCUAAAAAUAUGAUAUAUUCCAAGCUAUUUGGGAACUUGAUUAAUUCAAGGUGGAAGCUAGAUGACACAAUGAUAUCGUUUCUGUACUAUCUAUUUCCUCGUGAUUUGUUUGUGAGAGCUUUGUCGUUGUUGGACUCUGGUGAUAUGUUUAUUUAUUUGCUCGAGAGUGGACCAGAAGAGCAAGUGUGCGAAGAGGCUGCUGUGGUCCAUACAGGUGAAGAUGGCACUACACAUGAGCAAGAAAGGAGUGAUGACAAUGGGCUCGAGAAUCAACAAACAAGGGAAACACUGGAUUCUAGUAACUACCAAACGUUUUUGGAAGAAUUUAGUAGGAAGUUAUAUGACCCCGGGCAGAGUAUCCCUAAAAGACUGAUAGUGAAAUCCAACGAGGACACAGACGUGCCAAUUUAUGUGGACUUGGGGACUUGGAUCUGCUCUUGUGGUGAGUAUACGGAACGAUUCCAAGAGGCGAUGACCGCCGGCCCCUCAGAUGCAUCUAGUCAAGAGACUAAUAGUAAAUUGAGUUCUAUUUUACUGACUAUUAAGGAUGACUCUUCUAAAUUUUCCGAUGAUAAGUUCGCUCAGAUAGAUGCACACAGUUUGUCAAGCCAGUACUACAUAGAUCACAGUAAACUGAUCUGCCCACACUUGCUAGCGUAUUCGAUACUACUAUCGUCUUCUCAAAGAACAUUCCGUUAUUUCGCAAUAAGAAACCCCACAGUUCUAUUGAUAAAAAUCACAAACUUGGAUGAGUGGCUUAGGUUGCACAUCAACAUAGUCAGUUGA